CGUCACGAUUGUGGGCGGAGCCGUUUUUCAUUGUUCAUGCCUUGCGUACGUGCGGACUGUCAAAAGGACUCGCAGGUCCUGUUUCUCGUCAGUCUUGCCUAGUCUGUUGUGAAGGUUGAACGUCGCUACUACAGCCUCAUAGACGUCCCACUCGGGCUUAUAACGUGCAUUAGCUGUAACAACUGUUAAGGUUUCAACCUCAUCAAAGAAAUGGAUCACUCAGGCCACGGUGUAAUGGACCACUCAGGUCAUGGUGGAAUGGACCACUCAGGUCAUGGUGGAAUGGACCACUCAAAUCAUGGAACAAUGGACCCCAUGGACCAUUCAGAUCACGGUGAUAUGGACAUGCCCAUGCCCAAAAUGGGUGGCAUGCAUGGCAUGCACCACAUGGGAUGCUCAGGAAAUGAUUCCAUGGGAGGCAUGAGUAUGUCCUUCCACUUUGGCUACGAUGAGGUAAUUUUAUUUGAUUGGUGGUCAAUAAGCGACGUAGGUGGUCUUAUUGGGUCCAUGAUUGGUAUAUUCGCCCUUGCAACACUAUAUGAAGGAUUGAAAUAUUGGAGGGAGGAUUUGAUGCGAAAAGCUAUUGCAAAACAGCAGUAUGUUGGGAAUGCAUCAAAAGGAACUUGUGGAGAAGAAAACAAACAAAUACAGUAUAUGGAGCAGAUUCUCAUGCCCCCUAGGGUCAGCAUGCUAAGCUUUCCUCACGCCAUGCAAACACUGCUCCACAUGCUUCAGAUGAUUGUCAGUUACUUCCUAAUGUUAAUCUUCAUGACCUACAAUGUAUGGUUAUGCAUAGCAGUUGUUCUUGGCGCUGGACUUGGCUACUUCCUCUUUGGGUGGCGAAAAGCUACAGUGGUUGAUAUAACUGAACAUUGUCAUUAGUGUUUUGAAAAUCAAGAUUUUUAGAAACGAAUUUUAUCUUUAUAAGUGAAGUGAAGUGAUAUUCAUCAGUUUUCAUACGAGUAUGUGCUGUAGUGACAGCUUUGCUGUGAGAUGUUAAAUUUAUCUUAAAUUUUCAACAUUUCUUCAUAUAUAUUUCAGCACUGUUAACUUUGAUUAGUACGGUUUGACAAAACAUUCAGUUUUGACAACAGUUGAGACAAAAUCACCAGUAACUUUUUAGUUCUGGUCUUUUAUAACUUUGUAAUUUAUACAGUAAUUAGAAAUUGGCUAUUUACCAUGUUGUUUGAUUAAAUUUUACUGUUUUUGAAUUUGUGUUUCAAACCUUAAUGUGAAUUGUUAAUUACCACAUAAAAUUGUAAUUAAAUAUUUUAUAAAUACACACAUUAAAAGUGGUUAGGUUUAUUUUGAUAGAACCGAUGAAUUAAGAGCAGAAUAAUUGGGAAAGUUCACUGUGAUAUAGUAUAGACAUCCAUUUUCCCUUACUGAACAAUAUACUGCACAAUGUUUUGAAUACAAAAUGAGAAAAAAAAGCUAUGUAUAUACAUGACUACCUUAAAAUCAGGAAAAGGUUGUGUGCUCUAUCUUCAGUAUACAAAUCUAGUAAGGUUUGCAAAAACAUCUGAUACAGUUCUCUCCUGAAAUUAAGUAUUAAGUAAAAUAUACUUCCUCAGUUAUGUUGUUUUAUAUACUAUUUCUAAAUAGUUGUUUUGUAAAUCUGGACAGACAACAUAUCAUUUGUCUUUCUAAAUAUUUCAUUAGAAUAUCAUUGUUUAUGAUCUUAAAUAGUUUAUGAAUUGUGCAUUAGAAAGACAUUUAUGAUGCAUACUUGCUCAGUUUUUUAUCUUGGUCAUCUAGUUACCUUGAUUAAUGUUAUAUUGAGUUUCUUUUCAUGGACUGUACUUAUGGAAGAGUUAUUUUUAAUGUAAGGCAAUACUAUAUUGCUUUUGUGAAGAGUUCAAGAAUGUUAUGAGCCAAAAUACUGAGUAUGAUAGUACAGUAGAUUAAAAGAGGUCAGGUAGGAUUGUAAAUAAUUUGAUUCCAUGUAUUGCACAGAGUUGGAUAUCAUUUGUGUUCUUAGGGAAGAAGCUUAGGUAAUCUGAAGCCUGAAGAUAUUUUUAGAUUAACAAAGAGAUUUUUUGUUAAGGUUAUGAAAAAUAAUCACUGCAGAAUUUGGAAAAUGAGAGACCCAGUUUCAUUGAGUCAAAUUUUCUCCUGUAUUUGUAGGUUUUUGCUGUGUAGAUUUGCAAACUUCAGUUUCAAGUGAAGAAUACACAUGGCUAGUUUUUUUAUGUACUUAGCUUGGUUAUGUAUACCAUUAUAAAAGGUACUUGGUACAGUAUCAGUCAUAACAAUUUGGCGAAAUUGGUUUGGUGGAUAGAAUGAAAACACAUGGUAUGUAUGAGUGAAUUAGUAUAUUCCAUUCAAGAAUUUUAUUGAUCAGUUUGUAACUACAGGAUGGGUUUGUUUAUUCUGGAAAGUACUCUCAUUUGUAUUGAAUUCUUAAAAAGAUAGUUGUUAUUCAUGCAUAUGAGCCAUGUUCUGUACAUCUGUAGAUUUUGAAUACGCACAUAAAACUGAAAUGCUGCAUUGCACUGUUUAAUCAUUAGCAUAAUUGUAUUAUUAUAUUUACACAUCAUCUAUUUUUGCUCUUAAGAUAUCUAUGGGAAAGUUAAUGCCAUACUUUAAAGAUAUGCUGGGUUUUCAGGUUAGAGUACAUAUUAUUUUGUGUUGACGUUGUAGUUAAGAAUUUCAAGAAAUUAUAUAGAAUUUUAAAUUUUUUACCCUUAUUAUUUCCUUUCUUAUGAAAGAAUAGAAAUCAAAUAAUAGUAAGUUAUACAGAAAGCAACCCAGAACAUUUUUAUAACUAUAUUUAGCUUUGGUAGGUAAACUUUUCAAUUAAUUCUGAUGAUUUUACAUGUUUUGCAAGGGAUUUACAUACACAGCAUAUCUGUGAUUUCAGUGUAUAUACAUUUUAUAAUAUAUAUAUAUACUGUAUAAUUGUGUCUAUUCGUGUAUAUAUUCAAUAAAUUUGUUACCUAACAAAUGAAUGAGACACCACGCAUCACAACAAAACAGAUAGGAAGUAUUGAAUAAACAACCAGUACAACAAAAGGUUCAAAUGUGUUCUUUCUAUCGUUGAUUCUUUUUGAGAUGAUGCCCAAGAUGCUGUGCUAUUCUUAGAUCGUUGUCAUCUUGUAGAAAACAAUGAGGGCAUUGAUGUACAUUGGUGCCUUUUCACUGGUGCAAGUUCUGGGGGUAUUAUAAGAUGAGAGUAGUAGUUCAAAAGGUUGUACUGUAUCAGAAGGGUUACUGAGUGGAGGAUUCUUAUCAGUUUCCUUUUGCUAUUUUAUUAAUCCCAUGUCUUGAAAGUAUUUUCCAUGGGAUAUUUUUAUAAAUGUAUAUUUUCUUGUUCAUCUUACUUUGAGUAUUUCCAUUUUAUAUGGCGUAGUUGGGACCAAGGUUGGUUCUUUAUUGUUUUGAAAGAAUGUUUGAUGUUAAAGCUUCAUUUUUUUUUUUUUUUACCAAAGAUUUGUUAUGCCUUCCACUUACAAGGGGAGUUAUUGAUCAACAAAUCCUCUGUUUAAGUUUGUGGGUUGCACAUACUGUAAGUAAUUUGCACUAAAUUUUUACCUCUGUGGAAGAUUUUUUUAUGUUUUGAUACCUUCCAGACAUACAAAUUAUGUGUAUUUAAUGAAUGAAUAAACCAACAUUAAAAAAAUAUAAAUUGCUUUCAUUGUGUGGCUUAACCAUAGUAGUGGCUGAGAUUGAAUAAGUUACAAUUCUUAUUAAAUAAAUAAUUUAUAUUUAGUGCCUUUAAAAGACUUUAUGUUUAUGGACCUGCAUUUUUUAUUAUUAUAUAUUCAUCUAUUAUUUUAAUGAAAUCAUGUUGUAAAAUAGAAUUUAUCUAAAGUUGUAGUUUUAUGUAAUAAAGACUGUUAAAUAAAUUGCAUAUCAUAAUGAA